AUGAAUAAUAAUAGAUCAACAUAUUUAUUUGGUUUUAAUGAAACAAAUGGUUUAUAUGAUUCCUUCAUUACAAUGCACUAUAAUAAAUAUGUUUUUUUUGCUGUAUGUUCAGCAUUACUUGGUCUACCGUCCAAUAUACUUUUAUUAGUUAUACUUAUGCGUAUUGGUUUAUUUAGUAGACGUCAAAGUGUUUUAUCGCGUUUAUCAUUUAUAAAAAUACAAUCAACAGGUUCAUUUGAAAGAUUUUUAUUUGAAAUUGUUUUUGUUGAUACACUUUUAAUAAUUUAUCAUUUUGUUGACAAUUUUUUAAGUUAUAUACAUGAUGAUCGAUCAACUGGUCAACAUUAUCUUAUACAUGUAUCAGAUUUUUGUUGUAAAUUUUUUACUUAUAUUGCUAAAAUGAGUGUUCUUUUAACAACAUGGUUAUUAUUAUUUUUAAUUAUUAAUCAACUUAUACUUACCAUGGAAUAUAAUAAUGACAAUAAUGAUGAUCAUGAUGAUGGUCAUCAUCAUCGUCAUCGUUCAUGUUGGAAUCGUGGUUUAUAUUAUGUUAAUGCAAAAUAUUCAACUGUUUUUCUUGUAUUUAUUUUUAGCGUUUACAAUAUAUAUCCAAUUGAAGUUCUUAAAUAUCAAAAAAAAGAAGAUUCACAAGAUUAUCAACAAGGAGGUGUUCCUGGUGUGUGUUCAACUCAGUUAGACGGUAAAAGUAUACAAUUAUUAAAUGUAACAAAUUAUGGUUAUAAUUUACUUGGCGUUGCUAUACCUUGUAUUAUAAUACUUGUUAUAUCAAUAAUUAUUAUUUAUCGCACAUGUCGAAAUAAUGCAUAUAUGAAUAAAGAAUGUUCUUCAUUUUAUUACAUAGCUGGAACAAUUGGUAUUUUGCAUGCAUUAUUUAAUUUACCAGCACGUUUAAGUGAUCUUUUAUUAUUGUUUUCAUCAGCAUAUGCAUCAUCUUACUAUCCAUAUUUAAUUAAUUUUAAUCAUGAAGCUCAAUCUUUUAUAACUUUAUCAUAUGGAUAUAAAUGUUUUAUAUGUAUAUUAAUAAGUCGACGUUUUCGUUUACAUGCUAAAAGUGUUUUAUGUUUUUUAAUUGAAAGUAAAUAUGAAGAUCGUUAUACAAUAGAAAGAUUUAAUGCAAACAAUGAUUGGCAUCAUUUAGCAAAACUAAAGACACAUAAAAGAUAUUACCAUCAUCAUCUUCGUCAUCAUCAUGGAAAAGAUACUUAUAUGAAUAUAAUACCAGUAGACGAUCUAGAACGGUAUACAACAUCAGAAGCGACAUAUUGGAUUCGACCAUAUUUUACUCAAAGUGAGAAACAUAAUUUAUUACGACCUUGUGGUCGUUCAGCCAGUUGUCAUGAAAUAUCUAUACCAUUUUCAACAAUAUCAUCGAAUGUUGCUGAAUUACCUAAAACUUAUUCACCAAACGAAUUAGAUAUAUCAUCUUCACAUAUUAUAACAGAUCCUUCAUCAUCAUAUAUUAUUAAUAUAACUUUACCAAAUGGUGAAUAUGUAUAUUUACCAUUACCACAAAAACAUGCGUCAACUUGCCGAUUAUCUUCAGUGUCACCACCAAAAAACAAUAAAACUGAUCCAUCAUCUCAUGAAGAUUCAUUAAAAAUGACAUUAUUGCAAGAAGAUAUUAAAGAACAACCUGUAAAUAAAAUAAAUUUUCUUUCUUCAUUACAUGUCUACUGA